AUGUGUACCACGAACAAUCAAUGUCAACCAAUCACAACGAUACAGGAUUUCAGGGUAUGUUUACUUGAUAGCACAUUAGAAUUUCUAGCGGGUUUUGGUAGAUAUUUUCAUCUCACUGACACUAAUCUAGAACGGAAGAGAAAACUAUCUGUCUGGGUGAGAAGGAUUAUUCAACCGAAUAAAGAGCAAGCCCGGGAGUUUGAAUCUGCUCCUCAGCAAUGUAAUACAAUUCCCAGGGAUUCAAAUGGUACAAGUAAUGCAGGCGAAGCCUUAAAGAGACACAGUACUCAUCCGAGCGCUGGCGUCAAUGCGAGACAUGGUAAAAAGAAGGAAAGCAGAAAAAGUCACUUAACGUCUCUGGAUGCGACUUUGAGCAGUGUGUCUCAGCCACAUGUGGAAUUCGAUGCCUGUAGUGAUAACGCCAGCAUAGCACCGUUAGUUUCGCAGUAUUCGGCGUCAGCGUCCGUCAAAUCGAUGAAAUCGUCUGUCUUCUCAGAAAGCACCUCUUUGCAAUCGACAAGGGCAACUGUGCUCUCCAGCAAGACGCUCGAGACCAACAGCAGCACGGUGGGCAUACCUCCCGCCAGUAUAGUGGAUCGUGCUAGAUACAACGCCAAUGCUGGUCAUGGCGCUGCUUCUUCCAUAUUCAGUUUGACCACGACGCAUCACGCGUCUCGCGCCAACAGUCUGAGACAGUUCCCACUUCCUAGAAACAAUAGCACGCAUACAAUAAACACCGAGGCUACUCAGAAGACUGCAGAAAGGGCUUGA